AUGGUAGGUGAUGGUCCGAGAUUGAAAGGAGAGGCGUUUUAUGGGCUGAGCAUGAGUGAGGGACAACUUCCAGGCUCGAACGUAUUAGGCUCGCAAUUAGGCGUCGGUGUGCAAGGUGCUAGUCUUUACCGUCCGCAGGAACACUACGAUGCGAAGAAACCACAAUGGCUAAGACCGGUGGAUGAUACUCUGCCCGAGCGGAUGCUGGACCUCCAUGUAGUGGCGAAAGGCGUGGUUUGCGACACUUCUGUGCGGUAUGUUUCCGACGACAAGAUUCUGCAAGAAUCAGAUGACGACGACGACAAUGAUGAUGAUGAUCUCAUUACUAGUGAUCUAGAUGAAGAUAUGGACGAUGCGCAAAACACUUCUGUUGUGGUGAACCCCGUUGUACCUGUGGUACCGAAACACGUGCAUUUUUUCAAGAAAGUCGAUCUCGACAAUGAUCCCAUGUUCAGCGUUAACUGCGACGCGCCUGUUUCACUCCAGGACUACAUCCCUUCCGACUUGCUGCACAAUUUGAACCGGAACGGUCGUUUGCAGAGGCAGGACGCCUUCUUUUGGGACCCCACCGUGGCUAACCGAAUGGACACAGAGUAUAUCCAAACCGCAUCGGAUCUAAGAAACUAUAGGGACGGUACGGAAAUUAUAGCCUACGCCUCCGGCAAAACAGACUCCGUGCUCAAUAUAGCCGUCUUAGCACGGCAACACACGCUGCUUUUGAACCGGAAUAACAAUGUGACCAGCAUCGAGCUGCAUUCGCCAAUCAAGAGCAUCAAGAUCCCAAGAGCUUCCGAAUCCAUUGGGCGGAGGUCAAACCUGGUGGGAGUGGUCACUGAGAACUCUUUCCAAGUCUUUAGGAUCGAAAGUGUUCAUUCAAGAUCGUGCGAUGUCAUAAUCACUAGCUCGGAACCGCUGUUCUUUGUCGAGAUAGACGACAUCCAAAUAGUGGAUUUCGCAUUCAAUCCUUGGGACUUGCAACAAUUCGCGGUCAUUGACAUACGGGGGAACUGGAAUAUCGGGAUGAUACCGAAAAAGUUCGAUGAAGAUAGUGGGAAACUACAAAUAAUAGAAAGCCUGCAUGGUACGAUUUUUGACCCGGAGGAGUUGUCGUCGUGGAAAAGAAUCGAAUGGUUCUCGCAGUUCCAAAAAAUACUAGUCUUUGAUAGAUCCAAAAUGUUCGAGAUCGACUUCGUCAACGAUUGGCAAACAGAAGUCAUCCAGGCGAAGACAUGGUCAAGCAUACGGGACUAUAAGAGAAUAGACGACAAAAACGGCGUCUUGCUCACUUCCAGAGAAAUCAUAAUUAUAGGAGCCUCAGAGGCAAACGGCCCCGUUAGAAGAAUAUCCUGGAAGCACGACCUCGACCCAGAUGAUACGACGCUCAAAAUCACCAUUCAGAAGGUAAACAAAACCGACUAUCUGCUCCUGGUGGCUUUCGUAUAUUCGAUGCGCCAUAACCAUGUCUACAUCCAUGCCUUCUCUCAAAACAAAAAAUUAAAUGCCACCACAAGCUUAUUUCAAUCCUUGGGACAUUCAGCAGUGCUUGAACUUUCGGGCGGGACCCCCACUGGUAUAGAGGUACUUUCAACAUUGGACCGGAUAGACGAUGAAGAGGGGGAGCACGCAAAUGAUCACGCUUGUUUCAUUACAGAUUUCUCCAUCAAAUUGAGGAAGUCGUCCAAGAUAUACCAUUACACUCUAUCGAACAUUCAGACCCCUGAACCCGAUGAACAAGAAAAAUUCAUCGUGACAGAUUCUACCGAAUGGACGUGGCUUUUCGACAAGGUUGACAGCCGCGAAAGUGAGUGCAUUGGGGCACUGACCGCUCAAAUUAGGGAGAAAGAAAGGAAGCAUGCCUCUCGCAUCCAAAAUCUGAUCGAAAACGAAAGUAGCCAUGACGAAGAUAAAUAUUUUCAAGACUUGGGCUAUCACUUAUCCAUGGCUACAAAUGAACUACUCCAAUCUUGGCAGAGGAACAGAGAUGAAUCAAUUCGUGCUGGGUCUACGAGCUAUUCUAAAUUGGAAACCCUAAUCGAGGAUUCGACUUCCUUUACCAGCAUACCUGAAUUUUCUUCAUUAUUAGAUCAAUUUUUCCAAUAUUAUGAAGACCAAGAUGUUACCUUUAUAGAUUUCAAUCAACUGCUACGCUUUUUCUUACAUGAAGAUGUUCCGAAUUUGGAUAUUUUCUACAAUAAACUUUUGCAAUGCUGGGUUCUGGUAUCCCCGCAAGCUGAACUCUAUACAAAGGAGAUAGUAAAGGAUAUUGUUUGGAGUUUAGUUAGGCUUGAAAAACCGUCGUUGUUCGAAUUGAUAGAAAAGGAAAUCAGCCAAUCAUUGAGUAAACCUUAUCAGGACAUCAUUGAUUCAUGGGAUGUAAAUGAUUUGAAUGAAGAGGAUGAAUCAAGUGAUUUCAAUUUAGACAGUCAAUUUUCGACAACACAGUUUAAUGAUAGACCUCCUUUUAAUAUGAGUUCGCAAUCUCAGAUUCCAACGAUUAAAUCUUCUCAAAAUAAUGGACUCGCAAGGAAAAAAAGGAUUUUAAAGACACAUUCCCAAAAGAGUACUCCAUUGUCACAAUCAAGCCAAAAUUUGAGCAUUUUGCCGGACUCCAUGACUCCUGCGUUUACAUUAAUGCAACCUCCCUCUUCACAAAUAUCGUUUGUGAAUGAUUCACAGGCUCGUAGCUCGCAAAAAGCCAAGAAGAAGAAAAAAAGAAUUCGUGGCUUUGGAUAA